AUGAGGUUCGUAGAUCUGCUGGUCGGCGCUGCGGCGUUUGCUAGCGUCAUCGCUGCUCCUACGGACGGUUCAACGUCUGCGAUGAAGAAACGCAAGAGCAAGUUCCAGUUUACCGGCGUCAACGAAUCUGGGGCCGAGUUCGGCAACACUGCCUUGCCUGGCCAGCUUGGAAAAGACUACACCUGGCCUGUCCACUCAACCAUCGAUACGUUGGUCGGCAAGGGGAUGAACAUUUUCCGAGUUCCCAUUAUGAUGGAGCGUAUCAUUCCAAGCAAGUUGACAGGAUCCAUCAACUCUACGUACGCUGCAGGACUUGACGAUAUUCUUAACUACAUCACGUCAAAGGGGGCCUAUGCUAUUCUCGACCCCCACAACUUUGGUCGAUACUACAGUAAUGUCAUAACCGACACUGCCGGCUUCAAGGCUUGGUGGACUACGGUUGCCAAGCGAUAUGCCGGUAACUCAAAGGUCAUAUUUGAUACCAACAAUGAGUACCACGACAUGGACAACAACCUCGUCGCCCAGCUCAACCAGGCGGCUAUCGACGGGAUCCGGGCUGCGGGCGCAACAUCGCAGUACAUCUUUGUUGAAGGCAAUUCUUGGUCGGGUGCCUGGCAUUGGGUCUCGAGUGGUACCGCAACCGGUAUGGCAAGUCUCACCGACCCCUCCAACAAGAUCAUCUACGAGAUGCACCAGUAUCUUGACAGCGACGGUUCCGGCACUUCGACGAGCUGUGUGUCCACCACGAUCGGCAAGGAGCGCGUGACCGAGGCGACAGCCUGGCUCAAGGCGAACAAGAAAAAGGGCAUCAUUGGUGAGACGGCCGGGGGCGCCAACUCGCAAUGCAUUUCGGCGGUGGACGGUAUGCUGUCUUACAUGGAGGCCAACUCGGACGUGUGGACGGGCUGGCUCUGGUGGGGCGGCGGCCCAUGGUGGGGCGACUACAUCUAUAGCAUGGAGCCCCCCUCUGGAGUUGCCUAUACCGGCGUACUGCCGUCCAUAACAAAGUACAUAUAG